GUUAUUGCCUGUGACACAGGUCGGACUCAUGUCGUCAAGUGUGUCAACAAGUGUACUUCAGAAGAGCCUGCCGCAGCCAACCCCACUGCUGGAGAGGGGGAUUGUUCGAGACCGUUCAGACAGAGGUUGGCUGCGUUGCAGAGCCAAGCAUAUGAAGCUAUCUGCAAUCGUUGCGAAUCACUGAUGAAUCUCCCGAAAGAAAUGUUGAAAUUCAAUGCGAAGCCUGCUGCGUACUUGAAUCUCUUAGCAGAUCUUCUUCACAACUUCUCGGAUGGCUUAGCGCUGGGGGUCGCUUUUGGAAAGGGACAUGGAAUCUCAACAACACUAGCUGUCUUCUUCCACGAAGUCCCGCACAACAUUGCAGACUUUGCGAUCUUGAUUCAGAAUGGGUUUAGCCACAGCUCUGCCUUGUGGGCACAGUGGGGCUCAGCGAUGGGCGCCCUCCUUGGCUGUGUGGUUGGACUGCAGCUCCAGCAGCUGAAGGGUAUGCAGGGCUUCAUAGCUGGCGGCUUCAUCUACGUGGCGACAGUCGACAUCAUCCCCCUUAUGCUUCAGGACACGACGUUUAGCACGACGCUACUGGAGACGCUCGCCAUGGCCGUGGGAGUCUUGAUGAAUGUCGGCAUGCUCGUCCUCGAGAACUCGGUCCCGGGGGCUUGCACGCACUAGCUCCCCGUCCUCGCCUCCCCCCCCCCGUCCCCUCCCCCAUGCAAUAUAUAAAAAAAGGAGUCG